AUGCCCAUGGCAUCCGAUCUAAACGACGCGGUUUUCCCCGAAGAAGAUCUCGACGACGACGACGAAACACUAGAGGACGAAGAGGAGGAUGACGAAGACGACGACGUUCAAGACGAUGACGAAACCGAACCCCCACCCUCCGUCCUCACCGCCGUAACCGUCGCCGCCCCCGGUUCUACCGUCUCCCAAACACUCGACACCGCGUCAAUUCCGAUCGCCGUCGUCGAUUCCUCGCCGAAACGGCCGCGCACCGAGCAAAUCGAGGAGAAAAAAGCGCUGGACGAUUCGAGGCGACUGUUCCAGCGUCUGUGGACUGACGAGGACGAGAUUGGGCUCUUGCAGGGGUUUCUAGACUACACGGCGCAGCGAGGAUCCUCUCACCAUAACGAUACCGCUUUGUUCUAUGACCAGAUCAAAUCGAAGCUUCAACUCGGGUUCAACAAGAACCAGCUCGUCGAGAAGCUCCGGAGGCUGAAGAAGAAGUACCGCAACGUCGUUAGCAAAAUCAGCGUUGGCAAGGAAUUCUCCUUCAAGAGCCCUCACGACAGAGCCACCUUCGAAAUCUCGCAGAGGAUCUGGAGCAACACCGCUCCAAUCACCGGUCCCGUCGAAGAUGACGACGAAAUCAACCCUAACCCUAAUCCUUAUCCUAAUCCCAACCCUAAUUUCAGCCAUUCGGCGAAGACCCCACUGUCGCGGAAGCGAUCGCGGCCUCGAUCGGAGAAGCGCGAGUUCAACGAAGGUUCAGCGUUGAACAAGGAUACUAAUUGUAUUGGCAACAGUAACAACAACAGCAAUAAAGAUAAUGAAAAUUGUAACAAUAGGCAUAGUAUACAGGUUUUGAUUGAAGAUACGGUGAGGAGUUGCGUAUCGCCAGUGUUGAAGGAGUUGGUGAGUGGUAGCAUAGGAUUGGGAAAUGGUUUUGGUUUUGGGGGAAGAGGGUUUGGAGUUGGAGGGUUUUCAUUGAAUCCCUUGCAAAUGCAAAUGCAAAUGCAAAUGGCAUUGAGUUCAUUGAAUUUGGGGAUUGGGGAAAUGGUGAUGGAUGAAAAGUGGAGGAAGCAACAGAUUUUGGAGCUGGAAGUAUAUUCCAAGCGUUUGGAAUUGGUGCAGAAUGAGAUCAAGGUUGCUCUUGAGGAGUUGCGAUCAUCUGGUGGAGGCUGA